AUGUCAGGCGAGAGUGUGUUCAACCUUAUCGAGCCUGAAGAGGAGGUGCCUCCCCCACAACCACGACACAAGUCCAAGUUCAGCGGAAACAGGGCCGCUCCACCGACCGCGUCGACGUUUGGCAUUAAUGGAACGAGUGCUGUUGUGGCGAAUAUGGGUGGCGAGGUCACGGAGCCCUCUAUUCAUUCUGCAAAGAAACCUCUAGGGAUCUUUGGGCGCGAUACGGGCUCCACGGUCAACCCUGCAGACUUUCUCAAGAAAAAUGAAGGCCCCCUCACCGCUAGUCGGGGAGUUCCGACCGUAAACAAGACACGAUUCCUUAAGAGUGCAAAGGAUGUCGCAAAGUUGAAGGCCGAUAUUCCCAGUAGGUACGACAAACCUGUCAUGGGCAUGAAAACCGACAAAAAUUAUGUGGUGGCGAAUGCCGUAGAAAGUGUCCUUGCCAUACCGACCAAAUGUAUUCCGCCUCCGGUGAAUCGUGCGGUGGAUCGUGAUGAUUUUGGGAAGGUGCCGGCCUACUUGAGUGAGGUCAAGGCGGAAAUUGAGGAACGUCAUGCCUUGGUAGAGAGACUUAAGGCUGCGCAGCGAGAGGCGGAGGAGCGAUGGUCUGAGCUUUCGGCGGAGGAGCUUGAACAGCUGCGACAAGGGCUACAGCGACGGUGGGAUGCGCUGAAUUCAGAGUAUCAAUCAAGGGGAUUCAGUAAACUUCAAACUCCCUCGCAAAAGGCCCAACACGAGACUCUAGGGAAGGAACUCAAUGCGGUGGAGUUCGCAAUGCACAAAUUGAGCCGUUCGCACGUUUUUGUGUACGACGACCAGCGUUAA